GAGUGUGGUUUGAUGGGGCUUCCUGAGGGAAGCAAUGCUGUCAGUACAGUUCCAGGAAGCAAUAAGCACCUUCAUGGAAAUAACUCAAGUCCCCAUCCUUAAUCCCUGCCUAUCCUUUUUUAUCUGAUGGACUCAGCGAGGGCUGGAAGAUCACAGCGCGGCUGAAAACGAAAGGGAGUUAACAAGAUGUGAGCAGUCAAUGGAUACCAUAGGCGAAACCCUGCACAUUGCCUAGUGCCCAGGUGUCCUUCCCAUGCACAGGUAGCCAUGUGGAUCGCGGUGAGUUUGCUCUGCUGCUUAAUGCUCGGAGGGCUGCUGCGGGCGGGCGGCUCGUGCCCAUCGCAGUGCAGCUGCGCCUUUCACAGCCUCAGCGAGGGGACGAAAGCCAGGACAGUGCUGUGUAAUGACCCAGAGAUGACCCUCACCCCCGUGAACAUCCCUGUAGAUACGUCCAAGCUUCGAAUAGAAAAGACAGCCAUCCGCAGGGUGCCGGGGGAGGCUUUCCAUGGGCUUCACAACCUAGAGUACCUCUGGAUGCCCUAUAACUCCCUGGCCAGUCUCAGCAGGAUCACCUUCAAGGGUCUCCGUCGCUUGCAGGAGCUGAGGCUAGAUGGGAAUGACUUAAUAUCAUUCCCCUGGGAAACCCUGGCUGACAUGCCACAGCUAAGGCUUCUGGAUUUACACAACAAUGAACUUACCUCAAUACCCCCGGACGCUGCUCGUUAUGUGAAGAAUAUUACAUACUUGGACCUGUCUAGCAAUAAACUGAUGACUCUUCCUCAGGCUCUCAUUUCUACCUGGGCCAACCUGCAGGCUGUUCCUUACUUCCCCAACGAUAACUCCAAGAUCAUCUUAGGUUUGCAAGACAAUCCUUGGGCGUGUGACUGCAGUCUGUAUGAAAUGGUCCAUUUCCUAAAUUUCCAGUCUCCUAACAUAGCAUUCAUUGAGCCCAGGCUGAAAUGCUUCACCCCCCGCAGCCUUGCAGGAGUCUUCUUCAGCCAAGUCGAGCUAAGGAAGUGUCAAAGCCCUGUUGUACAUACAUCUGUAGCCAAAGUGAAGACCAUCCUGGGCAGCACCGUGCUGCUGCGAUGUGGGACAACAGGAGUGCCCAUUCCUGAACUCAGCUGGAGACGGGCUGAUGGGGCACAACUAAAUGGCACAGUGCACCAAGAGAUCUCUAGCGAUGGGAUGAGCUGGUCUAUCCUGGGCCUACCUGUAGUCUCUUACCUUGACUCUGGAGAGUACAUCUGUAAAGCAAAGAACUUCCUGGGGGCAACAGAGGCGUUCAUAUCCCUCAUCAUCACAGACUCAGAAAGCACGGAUGACCCCAGCUCUGGUGCCAAAGGCUCAUGGAGCGGGAAGGUGAGCGGGAUGGAGGCAGCUGCCUACAACGACAAGCUCGUAGCAAGGUACGUUAUCAACACCUCCACCAUGCCUACUCUGGGAGAUGGAGCAGGCACUGGAGAGGGCCUCCUCAUUCCAGAUGGGGCACAAGAUAGCAACCCCGAAAACCUGCUGGUGAGCCCACCUACUGGUCAGCAGGAGCUGGAGCGAAUUGUGAGGUCCGUCAGAGUGAUAGGAGACACUGACCAGAGUGUCACCCUGGCCUGGAAGGCACCUCUGGCAAGGAACACGACAGUAUUUAGUGUCCUCUAUGCAGUCUUUGGAGAGAGAGACAUGCGGCGGAUCAAUGUGGAACCAGGGAAGACCAAGGUCACCAUUUAUGGGCUGCUGCCAAAGACCAAAUACAUUGUGUGUGUCUGCGUGAAAGGGCUGAUCCCCAGGAAGGAGCAAUGCAUCAUAUUUUCCACAGAUGAAGUUGCUAGUGCAGGAGGGACCCAGAAGCUCAUCAAUGUGGUCGUCAUCAGUGUGGCCUGUGUCAUUGCAGUUCCCCUGACGCUAGUGGUCUGCUGUGGAGCACUGAAAAGACGCUGCAAAAAAUGCCUUGUGAGGAAACCCAAGGAAAUUCAAGAGUCCUACGUCACCUUUGAAAGUCUUUCUCCUGGGGCCAAGGCAAAAGGAGUGGAAGGAGAAUACUUGACUAGACACCCUGAUGAAUCUAACAGGCUGCUGUCUGCCCGAUCCAGUGUGGACUCUGAAGCAAUACCAAAGAUAGAGGGGCAACCUAACGAAUACUUUUGUUGACAGUAACUAGGCUGGUCAUUGUCUUGAUAGAUGGAAAGUACGUGUCUCUAUAUAUGACUCUCUGCUCCAACGCUGCAAGCUGUUUUGUCAACAUGUGUGUCUCUGACAUGCUCUGGAGGAGGAUGCGAGAAUGUAGAUGGUGCGCAAGCUUUACAGGAAUGUGUCGUUUGCCCCACUUGGGGUUUGCUGUUUUGUACUCAAUGAAAAGCUUCUGCGCUAAUGGACUCAUUCUCCUGGACCACUCUUAUUUUCAUAAAAUUACACAUGCACACUGAGUGUGAGGACAUUAAGCAACAAUUCUGAGCACACUCUGCUUGGUUUUGUAUAGUACCUGCUCUGCAAUUUGUUAAGUAUUUUAAUCUCAUCUCUUUUGAGGUUCUUUUGGUUUACAAACAGGAGAGCAUUUAAUAAUUUUAAUAUAAAUAUCUAUGAAUGUUAAGAUUGAGAGUCUUACCUUUUGCAAUCUGAUGCUUAUUAGAUAGCUAAAUGUGGAUGUACAGCAACCGUUUAUAGUAUGUCCAUACCAACAGCUUUAUGCUCUCAGUUCAGAGAAAUGUACAAAGAGAUAUGACUGAAGAAACAAAAAGCAAUUCACUCCUAAGAACACAUAAUAGAAUAAGUUUGAGGAUGGCAUUUUGGCCCUAAUUAUUCUUAUCAUGUACUUGAAUAGGACCACCCAGGUUUUUCAGUAUCAGGCCUAGCUGUCAUUUUCUAGCAGUGUUGCAAUUAGUAGAGCAUGCUUUGUAUCAUAGAAUCAUAGAACCGUGAAGGCUGGAAAAGAUCUCCAAGGUCAUCUGGCCCAACCAUCCCCCUACCACCAAUAUCACCCACUAAACCAAGUUCUUAAAAAUCAUACAGUAGCCUACCCUGAAAACUGUGUGCUCUGUAACCAUAUUGAAAAACCUGCUUCAGACGGUUCUGCAGAAAGCCCCCAGAGCAGCCCUGUCAUUACUGCUGGCUGUACUGACAAAAUAGUAGUGAAGACCAAAGGGCUCAGCUGGGCACUUGUGGUUUGGUCAUGAAAAUACCUUGCUCUGUGCCGGGCUGGGGUGGUAGUGCUGCUGGCUGGGCGCACUUUGUCAGUACUUCCAGCAGUGGCAAAGCCUCACUGCUAAUGUUUGGGUUUCAAACAUUUUGCAUGUUUGAGAACCUUGGGAAACAAACAGACAAACAAAAAAAAAACCCACAAACUAAUAUUUAUUUAAAUGUACUUUUCUAACCAGGGUGAACUAAUCAGUUCUUUAGGUUCUGCAAUUAUACAGGAAUUUGGAUCUGUGUACUUAUCACAAAGCACUUCCCAGCUGUAUAAUUUUCCACUCUAGUCCCUUAGGUUUUAAUACUGUAUAUAGUGGUUUUCUAUAUGUAAUAAAUAUUCUUCAUGAAGGAAAUGAUGGAUGUUCUGCCAAAUGUUGAACAAGAGGGAUCCAGCCAAGUUGAAAUGAUAACUGAUAAAGCCUCAGUCUUUUUGAAUUGUUUUGAAAUGUCUGUAAAUGUGUUGGAAGGUUCUCCACUCACAUUCAUGUGUACAUACAGUGUGGACUAACAAAAUCCACUACUUGGAAUGGCACUCUGUAUGGAUUUUGCAAGUCCUUCUUUUCCUGAAUGAUUUGUUAUGUCAGAUUACUUGGCCUGAAGGAAAAAACAAGUCGUUUGAUCUCAACAUAACUACUAGCAACAGGGAGUACAUUACAAUAGUUUCUGGUAGGACUCUCUGUCCUCCUUACAUUCAUGAUAAGGAACUUCUCUUGUAUUGGGAGAAUUUUUCAAUCCCUGUAUAUAAUAAUUCAUGCUACUCCUCUCACUGGACUGCCUAAAUUGUUAGGAUUACAAAUAGCAUUUUGCAAAAUAAUGUAUUUUAACACAACAGAUUAACUGAUGAAAUAGGUAGCCUGUAAUAGAUCUAUUAUUUAUUUAUACAUUUGUGUUUCCUAGGAUUGCUUUUAGUCUCUCUCCUCAAGGUGGAACAAAAUUUUCUUCCAGUAGGAGUUUUUGGGAUGGGUUGAAAGGACUGUUGUUUUACUGAACCUGAUUCCUGCCCUCAUCUGCAGCAGUAGCACUCUGGGCUGUGCAGAAAUCAGCAAAAGGUACCCAGCCUGACGUGGGCCUGGAUGGGUAAUUUAGCGAUGAAGAAUCAAGGCUGUCCUAAAGCUCUCAUGCAGUGAAUGGAGUGGAGCUGCUGCCCAAGGACUUUCACAUAAGUGAAGUUUGCAAGAGCCCACUGGGAGCAAGAUGCUUGCAGCUGCCUGGAGGCAUAAGCUGGGCAAUUUAACACAUCCAGUCCUGGCGAGGAACAGUACCCGCCUGCUCCAGAACAUGGUCUGAAAGUCAGCGAUGGGAAAGGCACUGGCUGGGUCAGCGCUGCCACUCUUUGCUUGUGGGGAGGGCAGGAAGGCUAGGUCUUCCUGUGACGUUCACCGUGGAUGGGUUAAGUUUUAGACUCUACUGGAUAUUUUUUGCACUUUGAAAAAAUAGCAAUCCCAAGUAGAAUAAAUGUGAUUUUCCUUUUCUAUUUCAUAUGGUGAUUCUCACUGUCUCAAAGGUGAGGCAAAAUAUUUUAGCAGCUCAACUACUGCUGCUGCUGCUCCAAAACAAGCCUUCUGUACCAGACUGGUGAGUCACACAGGAUAGGCAAUAGGUCGAAAUAGGUUUGUAUAAAACCUGUGUUCCGUGGUGUCAGUCAGAACAGAAACCCUAUACAUGCUAAACUGCACGUGAAAUUUCAAACCAUUAUAGGUAAAUUGAUUUUCUGAACGAGUGGAAUGCAAAUUUUGAAGCUUUGGGUCAGAUUUGCACUGGUAUGAGGCAUGUAACAUUGCAGAUAAAAACCUCGCUGCAUUUUGUUGUUGUUUUAACCUACAGGGUGUUAGGCACCUCCUGUCAGCAGGGUUAGUGCAGGCAAGCUUCACGCUCUGGUCAUGACGUGCAUGGAGCUGGCUCAGAAUUCAAGCAAGGAGAACACUCAUCCCUGGGAACAGUUUCUUACUCGGUUAAAGUCAGUCCUUGGACAGAAGUGCUGUAAGAACUGAUAUAUGUGUGUAUAUAUACAUAUAUAUAUAUUUCUUUUUUUUGACACUUCAUUAUGUUUUCUUUCUCCUUGGAAAAUGUUUCCUCUGUUAAUAAUCUCUUUGUGUCAGCUUUUGAACUGUUUGUUGCCUUUUGGGGUAUUUUUCAAAUGUUUUGGCACUAAGACAAACAACGUAUUCAGAAAUGUCUUGGAGUUCAAUAUUCACUACUUUUACUAUUAAACCAUUUUAAAAUAUCUUCUCGGGUUAGUUUCGGACCACUUCAUUAACACUUAGGAAUAAAGUUGCUGUCUACCUGCACUAAACAGGAGGUUGUGCUGGCUGUCUGCUGCCACUACCGGGGCCUGGGAUGAGCGCUUUAGAGAGCAGUACAAGACACUACUCAGUGGACACUGUGUGUGACACAAGCUCCUAUCUCUCUUUUGAUACUUAAUUUGUA